AUGUCCGUAUCAGCCUCGAUUCCCGACACUUCGCUUGGCCUCACCUCCUCCGAGAUCCAAAUUCUGAGGCAACAACAACAAAUAGCGCUGCAGGGCGGCCACGGUGCCAAUGGUGUUUCCAGGGGCCGAGGGACCGGACGCACCAGCAACUCCAGUUCGCGCGCCGCCAGUGCCGCCAGCAGCCACGGUCGUUUAAUUCUGGAUCCCAUGAGCCUACGGGCGCUAUCGCAGCAGUUGGAUGGUUUGCAACAACAGAUUCGCAAUCGCCUUGAUGAUCUGGAAGAGCAAAUGCAGAUAUCUAUCCAAAGCACUUACGAUCGCGCCGGCAACGUCAUUCGCAACGCUGAUGCUGAGAUUGCCCGUACCCGUUCCAUUCUAGCCUCAAUUGACGACUUGGAGAAUGAGCUUGCGAAGAUCGGGCAUAUUAGAGAAAUCGUGAAAGCGUAUCGUGGACGUAUAGAAGGUCUCGAUCAACGCCUGGAUCAAGCCGCCCGCCGGAGACACUGA